UGCAAAUUGUUGCGUAUACUAUUUGUUUGUAUAAUUUAAUUCUCGUUGCCCUUGCUCUUGACAAAAUGUUUAAAGAGUGGCGCAAUGCAAGGCACAAGCGCCAGCAACAACAGCAACAUCAAACGCGACAACAAAGACUAAAGCAGCUGCAACGUCGCAUGCUCGAUAGAGAGACGCAGAUUGUGUUUGUCUACGACACAGAGUGUCUGAAGGAUGAAGCAGAUGAUCCCAUCUCAGCAGUGCUUUACUUUCAUCCCAGCUGGGUGUCGGAUACACAGAAGGUGGCGCUCUGUGGACAGCUCAUGGGCACCUCCUAUUUUCUCAAGGAUUGCUUCUUCAAGCCACGCAUCAUAGCAUUGCAAAAUGGCAAAUUCGUGCUUAGGGAAUUGGGACGCUUUAUCCUGGCUGUGGGCACAGAUCGCAACAUUCCGGAUCAUCUGCUGGAGAGCCGUGCGGAUGUGUUAGGCUCGUUGCUCAAGUUUUUUCAUCGCGAUCUGCAGACUUUGUACGAACUCCCUGGUCGCAAUCUCUGCGAGAGAUUAUAUCAUAUUUUCGAUACAUAUCUACCCAUGCUAAAUGACACGAUGACCUUUGAAGAUGUUCCCAAGUUACGCAUGCCCAAGACCGCUAGCCAUAUCUAUCUGGAGGCCAUACAGACACUUCAGAGCUGUCAGCAGACACGGGGCGUUCUCGCCGGUGCGAUACUCUACCACAACAAAGUUGUUGCUACACAACUGGGCGAUGUUAUCACCAAGCAGCUGGUUCUAACGGAGCCACGUUAUGUGCGUAGCACCGCCGAGCAGCUGAACUUGCAACAGUUCCACAUACCACAUGGCGUGCAAAUGUUUGCGGUUUAUCUGGAUCGGCAGCAGUACCGCAAGCUCAGCUCCCAGGCACAACGCGCGCAGAAUCUGCACACGCAGACAUCGCAGCUGACGUCCAGUGGUUUGCCCUUUCAGUAUGCUAAGCGCAAGUUGAAGCGCGACAAGUCGUUGAUUUUCAGUCACAUACCAGAGGAGGAGCAGUCGUCCACAGGCACAGAAGAAGAAGGAGCAGCAGCAGCAGCAGCAGCCACAGCCACAGCCAAAGUGGAGCUGCCAACGGCGCGUCCCAAGUCUAUGCGUCCCACUCACUUGCCGCUGCGUUUGAAGAGUCUGCAUAGCAAGGAUAUACCCGAGUCGGGCAUAGCAUCGAUUAACUUUGACGAAACAGAUUCGUAUCCGGAGUUUAUUGGACGCACCAGUGUCUGCAAUACGCCCAUGACCGAGAACAAAGUGUUGCCGGUGGCCAGCGUCAUGUCUAUUUGUGCCAAUCCCGAUGAGCAGCAGGGCGAUGCGCAUAAUUCAAAUGGCAAGACAGCAAGUGAAGUGACAACGGUGAAUUCGGGCUCCUCCUCCGGAUCCCAGCGCAGUUCGAUCAAGAAAGAUGUUGAAAGGUUCUUCCACAACUUUAUUGGCACGCCCAGCAAGCAGGAGCAACGUCGCAAGUCCUCAGCUGACUUGCAGGAUGCACUGCGUGCCGUCUCCAAGAAACUGGGCCAUAUGGCGGUUGGCUUAAAGACGGACGUGAAUCGAAAUGGCGAAGCGGAUAGCUUAGAUGUCUCGCCGGAUUAUGUAGAGAAUGAUGAGGAUGAGCGCACCAGCUCCAACACCAUUAGCGAUCCCACCUAUCCGGUGUUUAACAUACAUGGCAAGCAGAUCUCACGCAACUUGUUCGAGCAGUUUGUGGACCAGUAUCGCCGGCUCUAUGGCGCUGCCAGUGAGCAGGCUGCUGAGGAUGAGGAGUUGGCAGCACUGGUGGUCGAAUUCGCCGAGUUCACCAAGGAGAUAACACAGCUGGAGGAGGACAUGCGUAAAAAGGCGGCGGAAAUGGAUGCAGCCGAUGGGAAUCUCAACAAAUCAGCCGCAAAGACGCCGCAGGACAAGCGCUCUAUGUGUCUGCCGCUCAAACCAGCAGGCGAACCUACCGCGGAGUUUACAUAUACAAAGCGUCUGCCGGCGCAGACCGUGCCCCUAACACCGCUUAUGGCUAAGCUCUCAGUGCUGGCGAUGACCGAAACGCCCAUUGAGAUAGAAACACCAGUCGCCAGCGUCAAAAGCUUGUCACGCCGCAACUCACUGAAGUGCGAGGAUGCAGUCGAUGCACUGGCUGUUUACACCCAGCCCACCAGCUUUGCCAGCAGAUUCGUAGACGAUGGAAUGCAGCGCGCAGAGCUUUACAUAUGCGGGCAGCAGAACAUGACGCUGCUGCUGCUCAUGGAGGAAGGCGCCUGUCAACAGCAGCCCAUUGUCCAAAAAAUGUUUGAUAUUUGUGUGUCCAAGUUUCCACACAUGGAAGCUCAGUUGAGUCAAACGCUCAAUGUCAAUUUGGAGGGCGAUCAGCGUGAUGGCGGCGACUACAGCUUUGUAUGCGUUGAUUCCCAAUGGGAGUGCCGGCAGCGCAAUGGGCCCUGGAUUCCAUUGGACCUAAGGACGCUGGAGUGCAUGCAUCACGAUCUGCAGGUGUCCAACAGCCAACUCACCGAUUUGACAUUGCGCUCGCAGGACACCGUCUUCUAUGGCUACAAGUGUGGACGCACAGAGUUCUUCUACAAGGAGCCCACACAUCAGAUUAAUGGCAUACCACCGCCCUCGGAUCCUGUCGGCAGCAUAAAGAAGCGCGCAAGGUCUCGACUCGAGCGUGAUUAUUCCUACAUGCUAUUGUAAUGUGUAAACUAAACUACUCUGCAUACAAAUACUCGCAUGAAUAGCCAAACAAAGAUUAAUGAAAUAGUAGCUUAAAUGUCCAUAAAUGUUAUAUGGGAAUAACACAGCAUGUAGAUGUUUUCCCUUUGCCAAUUAAAUGCCAUCCGUUUUAACUGUAACUUACUUUGCCAUCCCGCUCUCGCUGCCUGUGUGCACCGCUUGCCGUGCAAUACUUUUUGUUUAAACAAUUUUCAACUUUUUACUCAAGUCAAUAUAAAAUAUUGGCCAUACUCGCGUCUGUGCACACAGCAGUUUUUAAAGAACAUAAGUUUAAGCAUUUCGUAUUUCAUUUACAUUCCUUGAGCUUAAGUAGCAAUUGUUAAAAGCAUUUUCAUUUGCAUUAAAUCGUUGUUUACACUUUAAUUUAUUUAGUAUUUAGUUAUUUAGCAAUGUAUUUUAGUUUCGAUACGUAUUUUGACGUGCCAAUUUAUAAGCAAAAUGCUAAUAUUAUACUCAAUAUAUGUGUCUAUAUAUGCAUAUGAAUGUUUUUGUGCAUAUAUUUUAGCAAAUGUGCAAUAUAAAC